CCUCUCCUCGUCGCCCCGACGCUCGCCAUGUCUACCAUCUUCGUCCGCUCCGUCCUCGGUCAGUCGCGUCGCAGCGUCUUCGCCGCCCCGGCCAGGCUCGCCUCGACUUCUGCAAAACAGUCUACUCUCAAGGAAAGGCUCGCUGAUCUUAUUCCCGCCGAGAUCGAGAACGUCAAAGCCACGCGGGCUGCACAUGGAAAGAAGUCAUUCGGCCCUGUUAUCGUGGACCAGCUCUAUGGGGGCAUGCGAGGGCUUCCGGCUCUGAUUUGGGACGGAUCCGUCCUCGACGCAGAUGAGGGCAUCCGAUUCCGUGGCAAAACCAUUCCGGAAUGCCAGGAGCUCCUUCCCAAGGCGCCCGGCGGGUCCGAACCUCUUCCGGAAGCCCUUUUCUGGUUGCUCGUUACGGGAGAGGUUCCGACUCAGGAGCAAGUUGCCACUCUCUCUAAGGAGUGGGCAGCGCGCUCUGCCAUUCCCGAGUUCGUUGAGGAGAUCCUUGACCGAUGUCCUCCCACCCUCCACCCCAUGAGCCAGUUCAGUCUGGCUGUCACCGCUCUCAAUCACGACUCCGCCUUCGCGAAGGCAUAUGCCGCGGGAAUAUCCAAAAAGGAGUACUGGGGCCCUGUGUUCGAGGACUGCAUGGACCUCAUUGCUAAGCUCCCGAACAUCGCUGGUCGUAUCUAUCGAAAUGUGUAUGGUGGAGGCAAGCUCCCCGCGAUCGACGCUGAGAAGGAUUAUUCAUGGAACUUGGCGACCUUGCUCGGUUUCGGUGACAAUAAGGAGUUUGUUGAACUCAUGAGGCUCUACGUUACCAUUCACAGUGACCACGAAGGUGGUAAUGUUUCUGCUCACACCGGCAAGCUAGUGGCCUCCGCUCUCUCAGAUCCCUUCCUCGCUUUUGGUGCCUCCCUGAACGGUCUUGCCGGCCCUCUUCACGGUCUGGCGAAUCAGGAGGUGUUGGUCUGGCUUCGCAAGAUGCAGUCCAAGCUGGGCGAGAACGCGAGCGAUGAGGCCGUCAAGGAAUAUGUCUGGUCGACGCUCAAAGCCGGCCAGGUCGUCCCCGGCUAUGGCCACGCCGUCCUCAGAAAGACCGACCCCCGUUACAUGGCUCAACGCGAAUUCGCGCUCAAGCACCUCCCUGACGACCCCAUGUUCAAGCUGGUUGCCCAGGUCUUCAAGAUUGUCCCUGACAUUCUGCUUGCAGCUGGCAAGGCCAAGAACCCUUGGCCGAAUGUGGAUGCCCACUCUGGUGUCCUCUUGGCCCACUACGGCCUCACUGAGAUGCAGUUCUACACCGUCCUCUUCGGUGUCUCCCGUGCCUUCGGUGUAUCUGCGCAGCUCAUAUGGGAUCGUGCGCUUGGUGCUCCCAUCGAGCGCCCCAAGUCGUACUCGACUGCCGCCAUCCAGAAGAUGUUCGCGAACAAGCAAUAAAGCUCGUUCGGCUGGUGGGAGCCUUGGUCGGCAUCGCAUUGUGAGCGGUGAAGAAAACACAACAGAAAAUUACCCGUAACUCCCGACGGCUUGCUAGAAAUACGCUACAUAGUUGUUGUUUUGUGUACCCUUGUAGUAGUAGUCUUACGUAAUGCGUGGUGGCAAUCUGGUAGGGCUUCCUUUUGCAAACCACGUC